UUUGUCAUCGUGCAGUUGCAAGUGCAACAAAUGAGAGUCAGGGGAAACGAUUAAUUCAUUACAGGUCCCUCUUGUGGGAAUUUCUAAUAUUUGGUUACGUCUUUCUGUCUUCUCAGCUACGGCAGGGGGGAAACAUUACAAAUAGUUGAAAGCGCAGUCCUCCGUCAUAAAUUCAGAAAUUAACACCCACAACAAUAAACGCAUUGGUGAGUGAAUAUCUGUGUCAUUAUCGCUGUUUUUUGUUAAGGCAGACUAUUUAUUUCAACCCUUACUUGGAAUGCCAACAACGUGUGCAUGUGUAUCGGCCUACCUCAUAAAUGAUCUGUUGAGUGGCGCAGUUUAUUGUAAAGCGUUUCACUUGGUUUGCAGUGGAUGACAACACAGGGCCCAACAUGUGUCAGAGCUCAAUCGUGUCAGUUGGAAUUACACCACAGGGACCAAGCUGAAAAGGUUCCCCAUGGCCCCCCUCUUGCCCACUCCCACACUCUUCGUGCGUCAUUACGCACGAAAGCGAGCGAGCGAGCAAGAGAGAGAGGCCAAGAAAAAAAAAGGUGUCUUGCCUUUGUCGUUCAAAAUGACUGAAGAUUUCACCGAGGACCUGUGUGUGGUAUACCAAAGCAAUACUUGAAUCGGGUAAACAUUUGCCGGGACGAAUAAGGACACUUGUCGUCUUCGCGUUGCUUCCGCAUGACAGUUUAACAGCUGCUGGCGAUGUUUCCGAGCCCCAGCACGUCCACUCCAUUCUCUGUCAAGGAUAUAUUAAACCUGGAGCACAGCCAUGAACUCAUGUCUUCUUUGGAGCUUUCUUCUCGCAUGGAUUGCUGCAGCGCGCCCACCACCACCUCCACCCCAACCUCCUCCUGCUGUUUGCUGGGCCGUCUCAAGCACGAGCCUCUGCGGGACAUGUCCACGGGGGUCCCGCUGUUUGACGAGGAUCUCCACCAUCAGGACCCCAAAUUCACUGCGGCCGUUUACGGAAAACCACUGACGCAGAUGGACGGAGUGAAGGAGGGAGCGUCAGGCCUGUUCGGUGACAAACAUGCAAAAGAGGAGUUGAGUCCUCCCGCCGAAGCCGCAGAGGGCACGAAACCCGACGAUCCGAACCGACCGAAGGGCCGCAGACGCCGUAAGCCGCGGAUCCUCUUCUCCCAGGCGCAGGUGUACGAGCUGGAGCGCCGCUUCAAGCAGCAGAGGUACCUGUCCGCCCCGGAGAGAGACCACCUGGCGGGGGUCCUCAAGCUCACCCCGACGCAGGUGAAGAUCUGGUUCCAGAACCGAAGAUACAAGUGCAAGCGGCAGAGGCAGGAUCAGAGCCUGGAAAUGGUGUCCCUCCCGCCGCCCCCCAGGAGGGUGUCGGUCCCGGUGCUGGUGCGGGACGGCAAACCUUGCGUAGCGGCCGAGGCGAGUCCGUGCAACCCGCCCUACUGCGUGGCUCACGUCAACCACUUCGCCUACAACAACUACCCGCAGUUUAGCGGCUACGCCAACAGCGCCUGCGGCACAAACUAUGCGUGCAAUUAUCCGGCAGCCGCCAUGCAAACGGGAUCGUCCAGUAACGGGAAUUACGUGAACUUCGGCGUGCACGGGGAGCUCAACAACGUGCAACCCACCUUCCCCACGUCCAACAGCGGAACCUCGCUACACGGCAUUAGGACUUGGUAAUUGGUUUAUACCUACAGAAGGCAUGCAGUAGUAUUAUUAGUCGUGGGUCGAAACGUUUUCUUUCAUUUGUUUGGAUAUUUAACGAUGCCUGUUUGUGACACAAGAUAUUGGCGUGGGUUGUUGUGGCAUGAGAGCAAACCUUAAUGAUAAAUUAAUAAAAUGAAAUACAAAGCACACAAAUGUGAUACUUGUCGAUCUGACACGUUUUUCGAUCGUGCUGUGUAAAAAUAUUCAAAGGAAGAAAUAAGUGAACCGAUAAGCCACGUGCUGCUUAUUAUUGCGUAGAGGUGUCGAACUGCACUUUAUCAAACAAACAGCAAUUGACUCUCCCAUGAAGUAAAAUGAGGCAACUAAAAUAUUAGAAACACAUCCCAGCUGGUUUUAAUGUCGUACGUUGGUCUCAGUGCUAUGAUGGGCGUAAUAUCCCAUUCAAGGUAUUGUCAUUUUUUUUUCCUGCUAGGCGGAUUAUAAAAUUACUCUUGAAAAAAAAAAUCACUUGUAUGUCAAGACAAAAGGAUCCAUCCAUUGGACUAAGAAGGAAGUGUCCACGCUCAGCCUUCAUACACAUGGCUUGUGUCGAGUUAAAAUGUUCAAGUGGCUAUUAUGAGGCUUCAUUCAAUGUGCUUAAAUAAGGUUAAAAGGUUGUUCGUAGUUUACAUAUUUUACAGCCUGCUGUCAGCCACAUGUACACUCACUCAACUUGUUGAAUGGCUGCAGCCGGUGCAGGGAUGCGUGGCUGUACACUACAUGUCCUUGAGUCGUACUUUCAUAAAGGACAGACUUUGACUCUCUUAUCCCAAAAACUA